GACAGGGAAGUACAACUACUUUACCCUACCUUUCCCACAUGGGCUUAGGAGUGUGUUAACCCCCUGCUGUCUCCUGCUCCCAGUCUUUUCUGAAGCACUAGCUUGUAAAGAAAAGGAAGUGGCUGCAGUUACUGAGGAAAACAUGCCGUUAGUGCCAGAGAAUCAACUGUCUGGUUGGGAAGAAAUAACCUGGAGAGUGAGACUCAGCUCUAGAAAGAUGUAUUCGAUUGUGACAUUUUCUAGUAGUGACAGUGUCGUGGACAUCAACACAGCCUCCCCGUUAGGCAGGAGAAUCGCCUUCCAUCCCGGGAAUCUCUCGCUCCAGAUUAAGCUGGUUAAGAAGUCGGACAGCGGUGUCUAUUCCAUGGAUGCAAUAUCUGCAUCUGGCAGGCUCGAUACCACCUGCUUCCACGUGCCUGUGUUUGACCAAGUCCGGCAACCCAACCUCACAGCACUCUCUGCUCACUCAGAGCUUGGAAAGUGCAACGUGACCCUGUCCUGCCACGUCCCAGCUGCCGACAGAGUCACCUACAGCUGGUCCCGAGGUGCAUCCUGGAGCCCAGCCAGAGAGGACCAGCAGCUCCCAGGGCAUCAAUCCCAGCUGCAGCUGGAGAUCACUGCGGGCAGCAACAACACCUUCUAUCACUGCAAGGCCAGCAAUGCAGCCAGCUGGGGCACGGCCACCAUCCAUGUCAAACCGCUGUGCAACUUCCCAGCCACAGGCAGGAACACUGCCUCGUCCACACUCUGGCUGGAGGCUGAUUCUGCGGUGACUCUCGGGAUCUUCCUGCUCCUCCAUAACUUGCAGUCUGGGCCCAUACAGGGACAGAUUAGUCAAAGGAAAAAGGAUUCUGACCCAAUCCAGAGGUUGAUAGAAAUGGAUGAAGGACUUGCUGGAUUGCUGGAAAGUUUUCAGCUCAGUCUCCCCACCUGGAUGGGGUCGGACCCAGAGGGUAGUAAUUGAUGGAAGUCACUCAUCGUGGUGUCCUGUGACCAGUGGGGAUCCCUCAGGGCUCUGUCCUUGGACCCAUACUGUUCAACAUCUUCAUUAAUGAUGUGGACACUGGAGUCAGAAGCGGGCUGGCCAAGUUCGCCAAUGACACCAAACUUUGGGGCUAAGCAUCCACACCAGAAGACAGGCGGGUGAUCCAGGCUGACCUGGACAGGCUCAGCAAGUGGGCGGAUGAGAAUCUGAUGGUGUUAAAUGCUGAUAAAUGCAAGGGUCUCCACCUUGGGAAAAAAACCCCACAGCAUCCUUAUAGGCUCGGCAGUGCUAUGUUGGGUAGCACUAUGCAAGAAAGAGACUUGGGGGUCAUCAUUGACCACAAGAUGAACAUGAGCCUGCAAUGCGAUGCUGCAGCUACUAAAGCAACCAAAACGCUGGCUUGCAUCCAUAGAUGCUUCUCAAGCAAAUCCCGGGAUGUCAUUCUCCCCCUGUACUCGGCCUUAGUGAGGCCGCAGCUGGAGUACUGCGUCCAGUUUUGGGCUCCACAAUUCAAAAAGGAUGUGGAGAAGCUUGAGAGAGUCCAGAGAAGAGCCAUGCGCAUGAUCAGAGGUCAGGGAAGCAGACCCUACAAUGACAGGCUGAGAGUCCUGGGGCUCUUUAGCCUGGAAAAGCGCAGUCUCAGGGGUGAUCUGAUGGCCACCUACAAGUUUAUCAGAGGUGACCACCAGUAUCUGGGGGAAUGUUGGUUCACCAGAGCGCCCCAAGGGAUGACGAGGUCAAAUGGUCACAAACUACUACAAGAUCGUUUCAAGCUGGACAUAAGGAAGAAUUUCUUUACUGUCCGAGCCCCCAACGUCUGGAACAGCCUGCCACCGGAGGUGGUUCAAGCGCCUUCAUUGAACACCUUCAAGAUGAAACUGGAUGCUUAUCUUGCUGGGAUCCUAUGACCCCAGCUGACUUCCUGCCCUUUGGGCGGGGGGCUGGACUCGAUGGUCUUCCGAGGUCCCUUCCAGCCCUAAUGUCUAUGAAAUCUAUGAAAUAUCCUUGUGGGUUAAGCAACCCCUGGGUCUACAGGGUCUGUAUACCCUGGAUGGUACAGGUCCCAGACACAGACCUGAGUCUGGGUGGUGGCAGCAGUACCCCAGGCUUGCAGGUGUGCUCCUGGAUGGGGGUCAUGCACCACAGGAUGCACUCAAAGCUUGGUUUUUGGUGGGGUGCAGUGAGGCGGGCAACUUAGCACAGGAGCACCCCCUAUUGGCCCGCCGCAAAUGGUGCUAGAGGCGGGAACCCACAGCCUGCAGUCUAGAAGGCAUAAUGUGGGGAAGGAAGUAAGGACACUGAAAACCCUUGAGCAAAUUAAUCUUUAAUUGGGCAUCGGGUCAAGUGGAUAGAGUAAAUAGCUAGGAUGGCUGACAAAUAUGUCCUUGGAUGACCUGGAUGAUGUGGUGAAGGAAGCAAAGGGGAGAGGCCUCCAAGUAAGAAAGGGGCAAAAGAAAGAGGACCCGAUUAAAACCCUGUGGGACAAUGAUAAUGCCAAGGAAUCUCCCCCUCUCCUCAGCCCAGUGAUGACUGAGGACCCCGAGGUGUGAUCCCACUCUGAAACCUAUGAUUUCAAGCUCCAGAAAUACAAGCUGGAGCUAGAAGUUCAAGGGGCACAGCGACAAGCCGAGAUCAAGCUACACAAACCAGAAGCUGAGGAGCUGGAAAGUGAAACUCGGUUUACUGCCCUCAUGGAUCCUCAGACACGAUCAGAACGGCACCUCGGCCAAUCCAUUUCUGCCCUUUGCUGACAGAGUCUCUUUCCACCCUGGGAAUCUCUCACUGCAGAUUAACGGAGAAAGAAAGUGGCCUGUACACCAUGGACCUGACGCUGGGGGAUGGCUCUAAUGUCACCAGUUACUUUCGGCUGUUUGUGCUUGAUCCAGCCUCAUCGCUGUCCUACUGCCAGGCCAAGGGGCUCAUCCUGCUGCUGGUGCUGGGGGCGCUGAUCACCGGGACCAUGGCAGUGCACAUCAUGGCUGGCAAGCAGGAGAAACAGGACUGAACAGGGCCCAGCCCACAUGGACCCUGCUUCCCUCUGGGAUGGAAAGCCUGGGGGAGGCUGCAGCACAGAGCAGCAGCAGGCUGUGGGUCUGCAGGGUCCAUCUCUGAGUGUCAGAGGCCAGUCCCUAAUGCGGUACCUAGCACUACAGGCCCAUGGGCACCCUGGCACACAGGGUGCCCCCAACAGCUGCCUCUUCCCCUGCCUGUCUCAGACGGCCGGAGCCGACUUGAGGAGGAUUGCUGAUUACUUGGCCGUCAGGCGGGCUGGUGGAUGGAGAGGCGGGACACAGCGUAUUGGUUGCAAAAUAACUUUUACUUUAAAUUUACUUAUGCAGCUCAUGGUCGCGAUGCAGGUGGUAAGGUUGCUUACGUAGUUACAGGUAACAAAUUGCUUGCGUGGUUACAGGUAACUGGCGACCAAACGGACCGGCAAGUUUGUAGACAGUAACGAGCAUGCAGGAUGAAGGAUACGUCGGGAACAGGCGGUGACGGGGAGAUGUUGGAGGAUGGCCAGUCCGCCAGCUUUUCUCUACCGCGCGGCAAAGCCCUCCGUACUCUACCACGUGCUCAGAGCUCUCCCACUUGGGCGGAAGCUGCACGGAUUUUUAUACGUUUAGAGUAGCCAAUAACAGACUGCCAGGUAGGACUAGCUAAUGAGGCAGAACGUACCAAAUUUGAAAGUAACUGCAGUUAUUCAGGGCAGUUCUAUUGUGACAGGGGCACUCAACUCAUUUGGUUAUGACACUGCCCAGAAGGCCCAGCAGACCUCGGGACCCCCUCUGUAGGCAGGGAUUGUCUGGACUUAUGGGCCCGAAGACACGGGCAUUACCAAACAUCACUGCCCCAGGGCAACUGCAGCCUCUAAACAAACCUUCCCUCCUCCGUCUCUGAACCCUGUCAGGGGCAAUGCUUCCCCCACCCUCACAAGAGCCUUAGGGGCUGCACCACAGCGCUCAGGACAUGCUCAGGCAUCAGGGUUGCCCAUGUCAUACUCCCUGCGUGCCAGGCUCUCCACUGGCAGGGCUAGUGCCCAACAUCCACCCCCUCCCCCCACCCAUAGCAUUUCCCCUUUGCAAUGAGCCCAGCCCAAUCCACCCGCGGCACAGGGGAGCGCCUGGCCAGCCUUGCCCCCUGCCCCUGCACUUCUGUGCCCCCUUGGAUGCCUGCCCUGGGCACAUGCCCUCCCAGGUGCCUGGCCUGGUCCCUGCUUCUGCACCUCUGCCCAGCCAUGACACUGCUGGGCCAGGGGGCUCGCCCUGCUGCUCCUGCAGACACCGGCCCUGGUGCCUAUGGGGAGGUUUUACACAGACUUGGACCCAGGAGCAGGGAUCCCGCAGGGUGCUGUGUUGGGACCCAGAGGCCUUCAGGCCUGGGUUUUGAUCUUUGUGAUUAGCUUAAGCUGCAUGCUUAACUUGUGGUCAAAUCAAGCAUCCAGGCAAAGGAGCAGAUGGAAAAAUACUGUCUCUGUCUUAAAACAAAUUGGAGAGUUGGCUAACUAAAUUGAAUAAAUAUAGCCUGAGCACAAGAGGAACAGUCAGAGCAAACCUACCUCAACCUAAGAAUGAAAAGAUGACCUUGGAAUAGAGACGCCCAGUUAAAGGUAACCACAUUUGGCAAACAGAAGCAGGUGGUAUCAAGAGCAAUGCCUCAGGGGUCAGUCCUGGAGCCAGUUUUGUUCAAUGUCUCCAUCACCGACCUGGAGGAUGGGAUGCAGUGCACCCUCAGAAAGAUUGCAGAUGACACCAGGCUGGGGAAAGUAGUAGAUACGCUGGAGGGUAGGGCUAGGAUUCAGAGUGACCUAGACAAAUUGGAGGACUGGGCCAAAAGGAGUCCCAUGAUGUUCAACAAGGACAAGUGCAAAGUCCUGCACUUAGGACGGAGCAAUCCCAUGUGGCGGUACAGGCUGGGGGCCGACUGGCUGGGCAGAAGCUACACAGAAAAGGACCUGGGGGUGACAGUGGGCAAGAAGACGGGUAUGAGCCAGCAGUGUGCUCUUGUUGCCAAGAAAGCUAAUGGCAUCCUGGGCUGCAUUGCUAGGAGUGUUGCCAGCAGGUCAUGGAAGUGAUUCUUCCCUCUGGUCGGCACUGGGGACGCCACAUCUGGAGUCCUGUGUCCAGUUUUGGGCACCCCACUACAGAAAGGACAUGGACACACUGGAGAGAGUCCAGCACAUGGCAACAAAAAUGGUUGUGGGGCUGGGAGACAGGACUUGUGGAGAGAGGCUGCGGGAAUUAGGCAUAUUUAGUCUACAGAAGACAAGACUGAGGCGGGGUUGAAUAGCAGACUUCAGCUCCCUGCAGGGGGGUUGCAAAGAGGAUGGAGCUGGGCUGUUCUCAGUGGGGGAAGAUGACAGAGCAAGGAGCAAAGGGCUCAAUCUGCAGCAAGGGAAGUUGAGGUUAGAUGUUAUGAAGAUCUUUCUCAUGAGGAGGGUGGUGAAACACCAAGACAGAUUACCCAGAAAAGUGGUGCCAUCUCCAUCCUGGGAGGCUUUUAAGGCCCGGCUAGACAAAGCCUUGGCUGGGAUGAUCUAGUCGGGGGUGGUCUUCCUUUGAGCAGGGGUUGGACUGGAUGUGACCCCCUGAGGUCCCUUCCCACCCUUAUUUUCUAUGAUUCCAUGAUUGUUAAUAUGCAUUAGCAGGAAGGCUUAGUUGAUUUUCUGUAUUAAGAAAUGCAAGCUAUCUGGUAUGUAAAGAAAGGGGAGGGCAUGUACCCUUCUGAACCUAGUCCUGAAGGAUCUGGUCACCGAUCUAACAUUCAUACCACAGAUGAAAGAGUUGGGAACCUCGAAAAAGAGCUCAUGGACUGGCCAUGCAGUGACAACACCUCCGUUCAAACUUGAGGUGGUCAGCAUCUUCUCUUGCUUUGCACUAAGUACAGCUCUAUAAUUAUAACCGUUGAAAAUGCUUUAUUAUUCAUUUACGGUUGUAUCUGACAGGGUUCAAUAAACCUGCUUCUAA